AUGAGAUAUGUACUUGGGAAUUUCACACCAGCCGAGAUGGUCACCGAUGGGAAUUUUAUAAUUUAUACGGUUGAAAUGGGGUUAUUAUUGAUUGGAAUAAUUGAAAACAUGCUGAUGAUUGGUGCUAUUAUUUCGACGAGUGCUUUGCAUUUGAAUCUUCGAAUUCUGAUCUGCAACUGUUGUAUAGGAUUCAUAUUAAUGGCAGUGGGACGUGCGAUGAUUGCAGUUCCACUAUGCAUUGCUCACUUGCGUGACGUUGAUAUUUCCAGUCAUGCGUGGUGUUUUGUUGCAAAUGCUGUGCAUCACUCCUCUGCUGAUUCUGUUUGUCUCUCAUUUGUAUUUAUUAUGCUCGAGAGAACUGCGGGUACGAUAUGGUCUAAGGAUUAUGAGAAGACCAAAAUCCACGUUUUUCCAUGUGUUUUCGCAUUUUUGCAGUGGCUCAUCCCAAUGUCUAUGAUCCUUGGAAACUUCCUGGACAGUGCCAACCGUAUGCAAUAUUUCCUAGAAUAUCCACAUCUACCGUGUCAAAUCGAAUACUUGACACCGACUAUGUUUUUAGUUACUAUUAUUAUAAUUCUUAUAGGCGGUGAAGCCGCACAACUAUUCGACAUAAUCACAGCCAUCUACACCAUAUCUUUCCCUAUCUGCGCAUUCAAAUGUCAUCCUAAUCUCUUUCGACGCGUUCGUCGAAUAAUUGGAUGGAAUAGUUAUGCAGUGAGACCAAUGAAUCUCAAUGAAAUACCCGGAUUCGAGUUGACAACCGCACCGAUUCGAACUCAGACGGAGUACCAUUUUCAGGAAUUGAGUAGAGUGUGGAAUGCAUGA